ACCUUCUAACAAAACUCACUGCGUUUCUGAGCCACUUCCUCCCCUCCCUACAUCCUCACACUGGCACUUCUUUGUUUCCUUUUGAGAAAAUGAAACAGUAAGAAAUGCACCGGGCAGAAAUAUGGUUAUGUAAUAGGAGACUGGUGCUACUAAAUCUGAUUUCAUUGACAAGGUCUUUGCAGCUGAAGGCAGCUGUUGGCUGUGCUGAUAACUGCUGUCCGUGUCUGGAGACUUCGGUCCCGUUCGGGGCUGUGAGGUCUGGGUUUGUCCUUUUUGUGUCCCCCGCCUCCCUGCUGGCGUCACUGUCGAUGGCUCAGAUGAGCUCCGUGCUGUGUGUGCAGCUGGUUUCCCUCCCCGCUGCGUUCCAGUGGCACUUGGUCAGCAGCCGUGGGAGAGGACUCCUUCUCGCAGAGCUGCCAGCCAGGCCAGAUGGCCGCUCCAGAGCAGGCUGUGGCCGCUGUCCUGUCUCUGCAGAGCGGCCCGGCCGGGGGUGGCUGUGUCACGUGCAGAAUGGAAAGCUGAUACCUUUGCGGGCAAUAACCAAAGCCAGUGUGCAGCGUGGAUGCCGUGUCCCCAUUUGGUAGGUCAGGUGAGGCACAGCUCUUGCAAAUUCCUAAGCCAGCACCAGGCUUGCCUCCUGUGGAGCGACCUGCAAGUUGUCCCAUGCUCAGCCUGGUUGACCCAAACCAGAGAUGCCCUAACACACCCAACAGUGUGGUCGGGUAGGCAGCCCAGCAUUGCAAGCCUGCCUCAUUCCCUGGGGCUCAGGGAGGGAGCUGAGCAUGGCCUCCGGCUGGAGAGAGAGCCCUGGGGAUGGGGGAAGUGAGGCUGCGUCUUCCCCCACCACAGCUCUGCUGGAAGGCUUCGACAUCUGAGAGAGCACAGCUUCAUAGAGGAGCACAUUGACCGGCAGGUGAGUGACACAGGCUCAGCUGCGCCGUCCUGCUGCGGCGCUCACUGCAGGACUGUGGGACUCUCUGCGGGGUUGCAAGGCUCACUGUGGGGGCUCACUGUGGGGGCUCACUGCAGGGCUACAGGGGCUCACUGCGAGGUUGCAGGGCUCACUCUGGGGCUCAUUGCAGGGCUGCGGGGCUCACUGCGGGGCUGCAUCUCUCACUGCGGGGCUGCAUCUCUCACUGUGGGCUGCAUGGCUCACUGCAGGGGCUCGCUGCAGGGGCUCACUGCCUGCUCCCAUACAGGUGUCCCCCAUCGAGAGCUUGCGCCUGAUGUGCCUCCUCUCCAUCAUGGAGAACGGUCUCAUCCCCAAAGAUUACCGGUCCCUGAAAACCCAAUACCUGCAGAGCUACGGGCCUGAGCACUUGUUGACCUUCCACAACCUCAAGCGCAUCGGGCUGCUGACCGAGCAGUCGGCCGCAGAGACGCUGACCGCUGUGGAGAGCAGAGUCAGCAAGCUGGUGACAGACCGUGCUGCCGCUGAGAGCCAGCCCUCUGCCCCUGGGGAGCUGGGAGCACAGCCCUGCCCUGCUGGGAGCUGCUGCUCCAGGGCCGGAUGGAAGCACGCAGCAAAAGUGGACACUGCGGGCACAGAGCUACGAGCAGGGCAGAGCUUUGGCCCAUGGGAGCAGCAGGGCUGGCAGGAAAGAUCACAGAUGCAUUUAAUUCUUUGGCCAGAAAGAGCAAUUUUCCAGCUAGAAGCAAGAAGCUGGGGUUGGUAUGUCCUUGUGGAGCUGCUGCCUUGCCCACGUGCCCGCUGGUGCCGGAGCAGCUCUGGUCACUCUGUGCAGGCUGGGCACCCUCAGAGACACCCACGGCACAGGGCCAGAGCUGCUGUGGCAGUGGGGUGGCAGAGGGAGACGAGGGAGCAGAGGGGUUCAAGAAUGGCAGAGACGUUCCAGAAUGGUAAAGGGCUUUGGGAAUGGCAAAGGGGUUCAGGGGUGCCAGAGGGGUUUGGGAAUGGGUUCAAGUUCAUCUUCCCGACCACGGCCAUCGCCAACAGCGCCCGGAUGAUGGAGGCCAUGAUCGAGGCCAAGGCCUGA